UCGGAAUCUGGGGGCAGCAGCUGCUGGUGAUAACGAAGCGGAUCGGCUUUCGUACAAAACAAUAACAGAAUGCCCCCAGCUCACGUAGUACGCCGGCUGAUUUCAGUCGCCAACGUUCGACGAGAGUCGAAAGUCAAGAGUUCUCGAGCGGCAGAGAUUCAGAUUCAGAGAUUCCAGGCAAGAUGCGCAGCCUCAGCCGCUUUCGCCUCAUAACCUUCGAUGUGACCAACACCCUGCUCCAAUUCCGAACCUCCAAGGGCAAGCAGUAUGGCGAGAUUGGAGCCCUUUUCGGAGCCCGGUGCGACAACAACGAGCUGGCCAAGAACUUCAAGGCCAACUGGUACAAGAUGAACCGUGAUUAUCCCAACUUUGGGCGCAACACCAAUCCCCAGAUGGAGUGGCAGCAAUGGUGGCGUAAGCUGAUAGCAGGAACUUUUUCGGAGAGUGGAGCGGCCAUACCCGACGAGAAGCUGCACAACUUCUCCAACCACCUAAUUGAGCUCUACAAAACGUCCAUUUGCUGGCAGCCGUGCAACGGCAGCGUGGAACUCCUGCAGCAGCUCCGCAAGGACUUGAAGCCGGAUAAAUGCAAGCUGGGUGUGAUAGCCAACUUCGAUCCUCGGCUGACGACCCUGCUGCAGAACACCAAGCUGGAUCAGUACCUGGACUUCGCGGUCAACUCCUACGAGGUGAAGGCCGAGAAGCCCGACCCCCAAAUCUUUCACAAGGCGAUGGAGAAGUCGGGUCUGAAGAACCUCAAGCCGGAGGAGUGCCUUCACAUUGGGGACGGACCAACCACUGACUACCUGGCCGCCAAGGAACUGGGCUGGCACUCGGCGCUGGUGCACGAGAAGAGCUACGCAUAUCUAGUCAAGAAAUACGGCGAGGACAUCGACCGAGAUCAUGUCUUUCCUAGUCUCUACGACUUCCAAAAGAAGAUAUCUGACGGCGCAGUUGUCUGGUGAUUGAUUGUACACACAUUAAAUUAGUAAAACCAAA